AUGGUUAAGUAAGUAAUUGAUGCAUUCAAUGAAUAAAACCAAGGGAUAUACUAACAGGCGACAGACAAAUUCUUUUAUUAGGAUCCGGUUUCGUUGCCAAACCAACUGUGGACAUCUUGUCUAAAACUCCAGAUUUUAAGGUUACAGUUGCUUGCCGUACCUUAUCUAAGGCUAAGGAAUUGGCUGGUGAUGUUGCCGAUGCUAUCUCAUUAGAUGUUACUGAUGAAAAGAGCCUUGAUGCUGAAGUUGCAAAGGUUGACUUAGUUAUUUCUUUAAUUCCAUACACUUUCCAUGUCAACGUUGUUAAGUCAGCAAUUAAGAACAAGAAGCACGUUGUUACUACCUCUUACAUUAACCCUCAAUUAA